UGUUAACUUGCCACAAGUUGGCGGUGACGCUAGCCGCAGCCGCCAUACUUGUUGUUUGUGGUUGUGCGGUGUUUCUGUUUAAAAAAUAAUGCAAAAUCUGUAAAAACCCACAAAAUGCCUCCGAGAUUGAAACACAUCGAAGUGGAGAACUUCAAGUCGUACAAAGGGCACCGAAUAAUUGGGCCCUUGAAGCCUUUCAAUGCCGUAAUCGGCCCCAAUGGCUCAGGUAAAUCCAAUUUUAUGGACGCAAUUAGCUUCGUUAUGGGCGAAAAGACGCAAAGUUUGCGUGUUAAGAGAUUGAGUGAUCUUAUCCAUGGGGCUGCGAUUAGCAAACCAAUAUCCAGAAGUGCUUCAGUUGCUGCUGUUUUUGUUCUUGAUGAAGAAAGUGGCAAAGAAAUUUGUUUCCAGCGUUCGGUUCAAGGUUCUUCAUCUGAAUACAGAAUCAAUGGAACUGUCGUUUCAAACAAUGAAUAUUUAACUGAACUGGAAAAAUUACGCAUCAAUGUAAAAGGGAAGAAUUUUCUGGUCUUCCAAGGUGCGGUAGAAUCUGUUGCAAUGAAGAAUCCCAAAGAAAUGACCGCACUUUUUGAGGAAAUUAGCGGUUCCGGUGCUUUAAAAGAAGAAUAUGAUCGCCUUAAACAGCAAAUGCAAAAGGCACAAGAAGAAAUCAACUUUGCUUAUCAGAAAAAGAAAGGCAUAAAUGCUGAACGUAAAGAAGCGAGACUUGAGAAAGAAGAAGCUGAUAAAUAUUCACGACUUAAAGAUGAUUUGAAUGACAAACUGGUGGAGCACCAACUUUUCCGCUUAUACCACAACGAGCGCGAGAUGAAAAACCUGGAAAACGAUUUAAAACACAAACAACGCGAGGUGGAAAAGAUCGAAAAAAAGAAAGAAAAAGCCGAAGAGGUUUUAAAAGAAAAAAAGAAAGAACAAGGCAAAUUUAACCGCGAGUUGGCAAAAAUCGAGCAAGAUAUUCGCGAAGUUGAAGUUGAGAUUUCCAAAAAACGGCCGCAGUUCAUCAAAGCUAAAGAACGUGUCUCCCACAUGCAGAAAAAAUUAGACGGAGCGAUAAAAACAUUAGAACAGGCGAGAAAAGCCCACGAAGCGCAUAUGAACGAUAUUAAAAAACUGGAAGACGAAUUGGCCGAAGUUGAAAAGACGAAAGACGAAUAUGAGAGUCAAAUUGCCGGAGAGUCGCAAAGUCAAGGCAGAGAUGUGCACCUUGAAGACGAACAGGUUAGAGAAUAUCAUCGGCUGAAAGAAGAGGCAGCCAAGAGGUCAGCCAGGUACAUGCAGGAGUUGGAUUCUGUCAACAGGGAACAGAAGUCGGAUCAGGACAGACUUGACAAUGUUUCAAGAAUGCGCACUGAUGCCGAAAAUAAACAUCGGCAGAAGUGUCACGAGAAGGAGGAAAUGGAGAAAAGAAUUGAAAAGCUGGCCGAGCAUAUUCGGUUGAGUGAACAGGCUUUACAAGACCAGAAACAACUGCGUUCUGACCUACAAUCAGACGUUGGGUCAUCCAAAGACCGCGUCCAUGAAAUCCAGAAACAACUGGACGAUGUGUUAGAACAACUGGGAGAUGCAAGAACCGACAAACAUGAAGAUGCAAGACGGAAGAAAAAACAGGAGAUUGUUGAGCGCUUCAAAAGCAACUAUCCUGGAGUUUAUGAUCGCAUGAUCAACAUGUGCCAACCCAUCCAUAAGAGAUACAACGUUGCCAUUACGAAAGUUUUGGGUAAAUUUAUGGAAGCUAUCGUCGUUGAUAGCGAACACACGGCCAGGCAAUGCAUCAAAUACCUCAAGGAGCAAAUGUUGGACCCUGAAACGUUCCUCCCACUUGACUAUUUGCAGACGAAACCUGUCAAGGAACGCUUGAGGAAUAUAACAGAACCGAAAGGUGUCAAACUCUUGUAUGAUGUUCUCCAGUUUGAGCCUCAAGCUGUGGCCCAUGCUGUGCUUUUUGCAACUAAUAAUGCUUUGGUUUGUGAAACGCCUGAAGACGCCAUGAAAGUGGCGUACGAGUUAGGUGGACGUUACGAUGCUGUGGCUCUUGAUGGUACUUACUACCAAAAAUCUGGCAUUAUUUCCGGUGGUAGCUUGGAUUUGGCGCGAAAAGCGAAACGUUGGGACGAGAAACACAUUUCACAGUUAAAGGCCCAGAAGGAGAAACUUACCGAAGAAUUACGUGACGCAAUGAAGAAGUCGAGGAAAGAAUCUGAACUGAACACUGUCGAUUCGCAAAUUCGGGGCCUGGAAACUAGGCUCAGAUAUGCCAAAACUGACAUGGAGAGCACUAUGAAACAAAUCAACGCUGUUGAUGCCGAGCUGGCCAAGCUAUCAGACGAAAUGGAAAAAUAUGGGCCCAAGAUUGAAGAAAUUGAAAAAACGAUGCAAACACGUGAACACCAAAUCGAAGAAAUUAAAUUGCAAAUGAACAGUGUUGAAGAUGUUGUUUUCUCGAAAUUCUGCCAAGAAAUUGGUAUUCGUAACAUUAGACAGUAUGAAGAUCGCGAAUUGCGAGCGCAAGAAGAAAGGAAGCAGAAGAGAUUGGAAUUCCAGAAGCAAAUCAAUCGGAUUUCGUCCAAUCUCGAAUUUGAACGCAGUCGGGACACGCAGAAUAAUGUAAGCCGUUGGGAGCGCACCGUAAACGACGAGGAAGAACGUUUGGAAACGUGCAAGAAACAGGAGCAGAAGCAACGCGAAGAAAUCGACAAAGACUUGCAACAAGUCGAGCAGUUGAAAGCACAGCGACUCCACAAGAAGCAGGAAGUCGAUGGUAUGGAAGAAGAGCUGGGAAAAGCACGCAGAGAAGUGGGAAGCAUUGCGAAAGACGUGCAAGCCGCCCAGAAGUCCGUAGUCUCUCUCGAAACAAAAAUCGAAGGCAAAAAAAGCGAACGCCACGCAAUUUUAAUGCAGUGCAAAAUGGACGAUGUGGCUAUUCCUAUGAUUGUGGGCAACAUGGAAGAUAUAGUGGCCUCAGACCCGUCCCAAAGCUCGUCAGGGGACACAAGUAGCACAGUUCAACAAUACGAGAAAGAAGCGAGGAUUAAAAUCGACUACAACAUGUUGUCAGACAGUCUCAAAGACCUGGAGGAAAAAGACGAGAUUAAGAAAAUGGCAGAUAAACUCCUCAGCUCGAUUAAGAGUCUCCAAGACACUUUGACCAAAAUUCAAGCGCCUAACAUGCGAGCGAUUCAGAAGCUCGAGCUCGCGCAAGGGAAACUCCAAUCGACGAACGAGGAGUUUGAGAACUUGCGUAAGCAGAAUAAGAAAGCGAAAGCAGCGUUUGAGAAAAUGAAACAGCAACGGUAUGAACGUUUCACGCGGUGUUUUGAUCACGUGUCGAACGAAAUCGAUAACAUUUACAAAGCUUUGGCACAGAAUCAGUCAGCUCAGGCGUUUCUGGGCGCUGAAAACCCAGAAGAGCCCUAUUUGGAUGGGAUUAAUUACAAUUGUGUGGCUCCAGGGAAGAGGUUUCAGCCAAUGUCGAACCUGUCAGGUGGUGAGAAAACAGUGGCAGCUUUGGCGUUGCUUUUUGCGAUACAUAGUUAUCAACCGGCACCGUUUUUUGUGCUUGAUGAGGUCGAUGCUGCCUUGGAUAAUACCAAUAUAGGAAAAGUGGCCAAGUAUAUAAGGGGCAAGACUGAGUCUUUGCAGACUAUAGUUAUUUCGUUGAAGGAGGAAUUUUAUUCGCAUGCUGAUUCUUUGAUUGGGAUUUGUCCUCAGCCGGCUGAAUGUUUAGUCAGUCAGGUUCUAACAGUUGAUUUAACGAAAUAUCCAUAAGUAUUGUUUAAUUUAUGUUUUUACGUUUCGAGCUUUCAAUAAAACUUUGUGUACUA